CCGCUGCCCCUUCCCCUCCCUCGAGGGGAUCCGCUGCAUGGGGCCGGGCGGGCGGCCCUGCUGCGCCGAGCGGCGGCGACGACGGCGGACCCCCCAGGCGGGUUGGGGCUGAACCCGGGGCCGGGGCGGGGGCUCCGGGGGUACCAUGCCCGGAGGCCGGCCGGCCGCAGCAUGGCUCACGGGCCCGGCGCGCUGAUGCUCAAGUGCGUGGUGGUCGGCGACGGGGCGGUGGGCAAGACGUGCCUGCUCAUGAGCUAUGCCAACGACGCCUUCCCAGAGGAGUACGUGCCCACCGUCUUUGACCACUACGCAGUCAGCGUCACCGUGGGGGGCAAGCAGUACCUCCUGGGACUCUAUGACACAGCUGGACAGGAAGACUAUGAUCGUCUGAGGCCUUUAUCUUACCCCAUGACUGAUGUCUUCCUCAUAUGCUUCUCUGUGGUAAAUCCAGCCUCAUUUCAAAACGUGAAAGAGGAAUGGGUACCAGAACUUAAGGAAUAUGCACCAAAUGUACCCUUUUUAUUAAUAGGAACUCAGAUUGAUCUCCGAGAUGACCCCAAAACUUUAGCAAGACUGAAUGAUAUGAAAGAAAAACCUAUAUGUGUGGAACAAGGACAGAAACUAGCAAAAGAGGUAAUGGAACACUUGCAGAAUUUAAAGAUAGGCGCAUGCUGCUAUGUGGAAUGUUCAGCUUUAACCCAGAAGGGAUUGAAGACUGUUUUUGAUGAGGCUAUCAUAGCCAUUUUAACUCCAAAGAAACACACAGUUAAAAAAAGAAUAGGAUCGAGAUGUAUAAACUGUUGUUUGAUUACGUGAGAAACAUCUUCAGUGGCCAAGGAAACUGUUCAUUUGUCUCAGAAAGCAUUUGAAAUGCAACAAUGCCCAGACCUCUUUAAUGAAGCAGUUUGAAACUUGAAAGGUAGGAAGGAACCUUUCCUCAGAAUUCUACAAAAUUCAUUAAGAAUGUUUCUUAAAAGUCUGAGAAGCAGCCAACAGCGUCUGAAGCCACAAUCUAUUAUAAAUACUUUAUUUCAACUAGAAGGUACAAUCUCUCAGGGGUUUCAUAGUUUAAAAAGCUACAAUCACAUCAUGUUGAAACAACAUUAAAAAAAAAAAAAAAAACCAGUGCUGUAAAUGGAACUGCUUGGCUUUGACCAUAUACAUUUCUGCACAGCCCGUAUGGAAUCUGCACAAAGAAGUAUCUUCUCCCUUUGCUCCUCUUAAUUGGUCUUGUAUGUAAGUUGCUUUCUAUUCCAGUAUAUCCAGAGUGGCGAAAUAACCAGGCCAGCCACAUAGCCAAAGGUCGCUCCAAGUGUACAGGAGAUGGGCCACACCUGAGGAGAGAAUGUAUGAGAUCAAAACAAAUGUUUUAUUACUUGAGCACAACUUAAGUGUAACCUAAAUAUUUCCGUAGUAAAGCUUAAUAUGCUUUCUUAAAGAAUGCCAAAAGUUUAAUAGUCAUAACUGCAUUUAUCAUGAACACUAAAAAUGUACACAUUUUAGUUAAUGUGCAUUAAACUGUAACAAGGCUUCUGGCAAUUGUAGAUUUAGUUUGAUGCUCUCCAAACUGCAUGAGUUACAUGCUCAAAUUACAAAUUUGGGUCAGAGUUUGCCACGAUCCUGGACUCAAUUUAGCUCUCUGAACUACUUGGCCAUUUUUUAAUUGCCACAUUGGCUGUGUACAUCAAACAAAACAAGUAUGAAUGCUGAGCAGAUCUUAGGAAGCUUUAUUUAAAUUGUGCCAGAAAAUACCUAGAAUCUAGGCAUGUCACAUGGAAUUAUAAAAUGGAUGACCACUUUCAGAUGUAGGCCCUUUUACCAUAGUGGAGUUAAUAGAACCACAACUUAGUACACCUAGAGUUAAGUGACACCUAAGCAGAACAUUGCUGGCUUCCCAUUUCUCCAGGCAUAUCACAUUUUACACUAUUAACAAACUUAUAUAAGUAAAUAAUGGUGAUUCAUUUAACCCACAAAAAAUAUAAGUAGGUCUCAAGGUGAAAAACUCUUCUUGAAAAAAAUCUUGGAAACAAAUUUUAAUGUUCGUUUGUAAAGCUUAUUUGGUAUACUGGAGCCAUUUUGAUUCUUCCUCCGGGAAACAGGCCAUCAGAGUGUGUUAGAAGCAAACCAGUUAUUAAAAUGGCUCUGUUACCUCAUCUGGCUCCUUUGGUCUGCUAUGGAUCUGCCUUACUCCAAAUGCCAUGCUGUAGACAAUAGUGUUUAAACAGCUUCCAUGUGAACCACCUAAUGCAGUUUAGAGAAGCAGAAUCUAAUCCGUAAUUUGUUUCUAGCCUUUCUUACAUUUAAAUUUGCUGUUGCCUAAACUACAACUUGGUCUUUGCCGAGCUUCUGUUAAUUUCCAUGAUUUGUGCUUACAGCUUUGUCUAUUAACAGGCACAGAUUGGAUAAUGAAACACUAUACAUUUAUACUUGAAAAUGACAGCCUUAAAUGUUCAUAUCCAUCACAAAUCUCGGAUGUCCUGUCUUGCAUGUGAGCUUCGUAGAUGUUUUUAAAACAUAAGCACCAUCUUCCCCCGUUGACAGUGAAGUCUACUACUGGACUAGAGCUUUCUCUCAGAAGGAUGUUUGAUGUCUUCUCUCAAGCAGUGGUGGUUCACAUUAAGUAUCAUGGCCUUAUGUAUACGCAAAUAGAAUCUCUGUAACUUUCUCAUUUAGUUUUGGUCUCUUUUUAGAUAGAAUUGGAAGGAAUUGUAUAAUCAGUUAACAUAUCAGCUAAGUUGUCCAACCCAUGGUAUAAAGGAAUUAAGACAGUAAAGUGUUAUUCAUUUCCAAGUUGCCUUUGGAGAUUUGAUGGGGGAUUUUUUUCAAAUUUACAUCUGUGAAACACUUGACACAGUUUAUUAGGCAAUGAAAGUUAAAAUUAAGACUUUUCCUGCUCUAAGAGAAAUGGAUUAGGAAUCUGGAAACAUAAGUUGGUAUCACCUCUGUCUCCUGACUGGGCCUCAGCUUCCUCAUGUAAUCAUGGGAGAUGCGUCCCAGUGUCCCUCCCAGCUAUGAGGUCUUCCCUCUCUCUUCUGACCUACAGUAGUUGUAGUUGGACGCCGUCUUUUCAGCCUCGCCUUUUCCAGAUGGUAAGACUCAUGUAUAUAGAAUAUUAGAACUCUAAACAAAGACGAUUGUAUCAUCUGAACCUGAGGUGCCUUAGGUACUCUAUUGACCUUGAUGGGGUUUGGAGUUUCCCAUUGCCUGUUAACAGCUCUUUCAUUGUAUUGGUUAUCUAGUAGUUCUUUUUGCAAAAUCUUCUCUACCACUUUAACCAAAAACCAAAGAUUUGUUUUCUAUUUGUGAGCAGACUGUAGAAAAACUACCUUAUUUUCAGAACCAUAUCUUCAUUAAAGGCUUAGGUUACAACAGAAAUUCAGACAAAUCUCUGGAAUAACUCUUGCAAACUAGUGAAAUAUCUGGGUAAGAAAAUGCUUCUCAAAAAUAUUAACAUAAAUUGUGCUAGUGGAUGCCAAUACACUGCUUUAAAUAAGGUCAUGUAUGUAAGAAUUAGUGUUUGCAUAGAGAAUUUGUUCUAAAGUCCUUAAAAAUAAUUUUAGGGGCUUCUUGAAAUCUUACUUAGCACUUUGCUAACUUAUACCCUUAUUCUAUCCUUACAGGUACAUUUUAGCUUACUCAUGAUGAAUUAUCGUAUUUUCAAUAAGUAGAGCUUGAGUUAUGAAUUAUCUUCGUUACUUUAGAUACUGCUCCCAUUUGAUUUUUAAUUAUUGAUUUUAAAUACCAAAUUAAAUACUGGUUUGUUGGUUGUUGCUUUUUAAAUGAUUGUUAUUUUAACAGUGUCCCUUCUUAUUACAUGGGGUCAUAAAUAAAAUGAAAUGCAUAGUUUAC